AUGACAAUGUGCAAAGAGAUGAAUUGUCGCCUAAAAAAUUCCCUGCAACAUGGUAAUAUUUGCAAUCUUGGUAUUUGUGCUGCUGCCUCAGACUGUGUGCAAGUUUCCUCUUGCUCCUACCAUGCUCUGUGCAGUAUGGUACUUUACAUGAUGUUGGUGUCAGUGCUGCUUCCUCCAGAUGAGUGCAAGGCUGCUGUUGCUCCCUGUUCCAUCCGUGACCCUCUUCCUAUUCUUCACAAAUAUUUCCAGUCUGGAGAUGUUGUUAUUGCUGGCAUUAUGUCUCAAAUCUAUAUAACUUCAAGCAUAGCCUUCGAUGAACCUCCUACACCUGAACUCUUCGAUGACAUUCUGUAA